AUGUCCGAUUCGGAGGAAGAUUUAGGUGUACAGUUGAAAGGCUUGAAGAUAGCGAGGCAUUUGAAGGAGUCAGGGGAGCAUACUGAUGAAGAAUCCAACUCAAGCCCCGAACAUGAUUGCGGCUUGAGUAAUCAAGAUGAUUUAACUGUUAUGCAUACACAGGCUAAAGAAGAAGUUUUUAAACGAAGAGAAGAAGACGGAACACGAACCGAAGAUGCUUUACAUGAGGGAGAAGCAGGAAAAGAGGGCACAGGUUUUCCCUCAUCACAGUCAGUGUGCAGUCCUAAUGAAGCAGAUAGCGGUAUUGAUCGGGCCGAUAAACCUAUUUUGCUGGACCCUUUUAAAUCUGUGCACGAUACGGAUCCUGUUCCAGGUACAAAGUCCAGGAGCAAUUCAGACUCCGACUCUGAUUCAGAUGAUGGAGGCUGGCAAGAGAUGCCCGCUGUCUCAUCGUUCAAUAUAUAUAACCACAGAGGCGAACUAGAGUUGACUUCCAAGGUUAGAAACUCAGAACAAGCCUCUGAGACGUCUCCCACAGUUCCUCCAGGAAAAAAUUGCAAAAGUGUCAAUGAUUCUAGAUUUGACUAUACGAAAAUGGCCGCUGAGCAGCAAGCCCAACGAUCCUAUCGAACAAAUAAAAAAACAGAUUUCCUUUUUGACCACAAAGUACUGAAAAAGAAAAUUAACAGUUCGCAAACUUCCGUAAAUUUGACUUCUUCCCCUUCGACUACAUCCUUGAACAAUGAAAAAAAUAAUGAUGACGAUGAUGAUGAUUCUUAUGACGAAUAUGAGGACGACGUGGAACCAGUGAACGACUUGAAUCGGGACUCGCAGUUAAACAUAACGAAAAAUCUGCUAUCUGAUAUGGAGAAGUUUGCCUACGUAGGUGCAAUAAACAUUUUGGCAAAUCAAAUGUGCACGAAUUUGGCUACGCUGUGUCUUUGUAUUGACAUUAAAUCCCACAAGAAACUAGCACAUAGAUUACAGUUUACCCAGAAGGAUAUGGCUGCUUGGAAAACUGUGGUUUUAUCACGGCUAUAUGAUCAUUUGGGGAUAUCUCAAGAAGAAAUUGUUAUGAUUGAGAAGCUUUCUCUGCACAAAAUCCAAUUGGAAGAUUUGUGUAAAUGUUUGAAAACCACUCAGAGCAUUGAUAAUCCAUGGGAGAAUGAUAGAGACCACGAAGAAGACGGUAUAGAGGAAACUACGGAACGAAUGAGUCCAAAUGAACAAAAUGGCUCAGUACAGGCUAGUACUCCCGACCCAGAACAAUCCGCAACACCUGAAACACCAAAGGCUAAACAAUCACCGUUAUCUUCGGACGUUCCAGGAAAAGUACUCGAUCCGGAAAAUGUCAAAAGCCAAGACAAAUUAAAUAUAGAUGUGGCGUGGACCAUUAUAUGUGAUCUUUUCCUAAUAUGCUUGCAAUCCUCCACCUAUGAUUCGAGGUCAAGGACUUUGUUGAUAAAUUUUGCCAAAGUCUUGAAUAUGACUAGCUUGGAAAUUUGUGAAUUUGAAAGACGAGUAACAGAUUCCUUAGACAUGGAACAAUCUACAGAAGAUCAAGUAUGGGAUGAACAAGAUCACAUGAGAAAUAGACGGAGAAGCAAAAGAAGAAAGAAAAUGGCAUAUGUCGCACUUGCCAUGGUAGGUGGUUCUUUGGUCCUUGGACUAAGUGGUGGUUUACUAGCCCCCGUCAUUGGCGGGGGGAUUGCUGCUGGUUUGUCAACAAUAGGUAUUACUGGUGCUACAAGUUUCUUGACCGGAGUGGGUGGUACCACUGUUGUUGCCGUUUCAAGUACUGCUAUUGGUGCCAACAUCGGUGCUAGAGGUAUGUCAAAAAGGAUGGGAAGUGUGAGAACUUUUGAGUUCAGGCCACUGCAUAAUAAUAGAAGGGUUAAUCUAAUCCUAACAGUGUCAGGCUGGAUGGUUGGUAACGAAGAUGAUGUUAGAUUGCCAUUUUCUACGGUGGACCCUGUUGAAGGUGACCUGUACUCGUUAUAUUGGGAGCCCGAAAUGCUAAAGUCUAUUGGUCAAACGGUCAGUAUUGUAGCUACCGAAAUUUUUACCACCUCGCUUCAACAAAUUUUGGGUGCCACUGUUUUAACAGCCUUGAUCAGUUCUAUCCAAUGGCCGAUGGCUUUAUCGAAAUUGGGUUAUAUUUUAGAUAAUCCGUGGAAUGUUUCUUUGGACAGAGCUUGGUCUGCAGGCAAAAUUCUUGCUGACACCCUAAUUGCAAGAAAUUUAGGUGCCCGCCCCAUUACACUGGUUGGCUUCUCAAUAGGUGCGAGGGUCAUUUUUUCUUGUUUAAUCGAAUUGUGCAAGAAAAAGGCUCUAGGUUUGAUUGAAAACGUUUAUCUAUUCGGUACACCAGCUGUCAUGAAAAAGGAGCAACUAGUCAUGGCAAGAUCUGUAGUUAGUGGGAGGUUUGUAAAUGGUUAUUCGGAUAAAGAUUGGUUUUUAGCAUAUUUAUUUAGAGCUGCUGCUGGUGGAUUUAGUGCUGUUAUGGGUAUUUCUACGAUAGAAAACGUUGAAGGUAUCGAGAAUAUUAAUUGCACUGAAUUUGUUGAUGGUCAUUUGAAUUAUCGUAAAAGCAUGCCUAAGUUAUUAAAAAGAAUUGGUAUUGCUGUUUUAAGUGAGGAGUUUGUCGAGAUAGAGGAGAUGAUGAACCCAGAAGAAGUGAAAAGAAAAAGGAAAUUAAUAAAUGAUGUCGAUGCAGCCCAAAAAAAACUAAGUGAAAGAAAAAAGCAUAACAGUUGGGUGCCGAAGUGGUUGAAACCGAAGAAAUCCAAAUGGAAGGUCAUGGUCGAAGAAGCUGUCGAAGAAGGAAGAGAUAUGCAAGACCUACCAGAAAAUGACGUCAAUAACAAUGAAAACGAAAAUCCAGAUGAACAUGAAGGGAUAGCAAGGCAAAAACGCAGAGAUGCUGCUCUUGUCGAUCAUGGGGCAUUAAUGCAUGAGUUACAACUUAUAAAACAAGCGAUGCACGAAGACGAAAUAAAGAAUAAAGCAUGCCUUCCAGGAGAAGACAAGGAAGUGGAAUCAUCAAACGACUUCUUGGGGGAGUCGCAUUACAAACCACCGUCAACACCAAAAAUUAAUCCACCACAAAGCCCUAAUAACUUCCAAUUGUUAAGUGCUGGGAGAACUAUUCUUCCAGAGGAUGAUGAUUUCGACCCUCGAGGAAAAAAAAAGGUUGAAUUCUCUUUCCCAGAUGAUAUCUAG